AUGUCCGGACUACACGAGGAAGAUGUGGGUGAGCCGGAUGGUGAGCCUGAAGAGAUUCGCAUGGCGAGGCUACACUCGCUGCUUACGAAAACCAAAGUUCCUUCCUCCACUGCAUCCACGCCACCAAAGAAGAAUGCGCGACGCACCCAGAUCGCUCUCAAAGACUCGCAGCACAAAAUCGCUGGUCAGCCCCGCGCUCAGAUAAUAGUCUUUGACCAAAGUCCGCCGCGCACUCCAACGCGCACUCACCGAAAGCCAUCGCCUCGCCUCACACGUGCAGCAUGGCGCGCGGCCGCCAUGUUCCAGUAUCGCCAGGAGGCGAUGGAGAUCAGGAGCCAACAGCCCGACAGACAAGCCGACAUAUUCCCCUUCUUAGCUCUCCCAGUCGAGCUUCGCAUGGCCGUGUACUUCGAGCUGCUAGUCACAGACAACCGCGUCCUGCCAAGCUGGCGCGGGCCCCGCAAAGCAACCAAACAGCAAAAGAGAAUGUACAUCAACAUCCUCCUAACCUGCAAGAUGUGCCGGGACGAAGGCGUACAAGUCCUCUACGGUGAAAACAUCUUCGACUUCGGCGAGAUCUGCAACCGACCCAACAACUUCUCCAAGCGGUUCAGCGAGCAUAUCGGUCCGCACAACGCCUCCCUGAUACGCAUCGUCUUCGCGGAAUACUCCGCCGCAGCUGAAGAGCUAUACCACACGGACAUCGCGGUUAUUUCCAAAUCGAAUCGCGGCCUCAUACCGAAGACCCUGCUCACAGUCUCCCACCUGCGCAGCUUCCUCUCCACCUUCAACAUCGCGCUUUCUAGCUUACGCCUCCUCGCCAUCAGUAUCAUACCCUACGGACACGACCAGGCGACCAUAGCUCUGCAAGACGUAGAUUUUCGCCUGAUGACUUCCCCGCAUCUUAGGGUGAAGUGGUGUGACGCGAAGAAUGACAAGGAUAGGCUGGGUCGCCUCGUCGACGACAUAUGCGACAGAGAAAAAGGACUUAUGAAAGCGGACUACUGGAAAGAUAUAGAUGGGUGGAUUGGGAUCAACUUUGCGCCGCCGAGUUCGGGGAGGGAGUGGAUUGUAUAUCAGGGUGUUCGCGGGAAGGAAGAUGUGUUAGAGGAGGGGAAGGAGGUUGGGACUGAAGACGAGCACGAAGAAAAGGAUUCGGAUAAGAAAGCGUCUGAAUUGGUGUUGCAUAGACGAUAG